AUGGCGCGUUUGGCGCGGCGCCUGGCUUUCCUCCUCGUCUUCUUCCUCGUCCAGCUGUCGCCGAGCUGGGCCGACACGCCGGCCAACUGCACCUUCGAGGACCUAGUGGGCACCUGGGUUUUCCAGGUGGGCAGGGGACACGGAUCCCCGAGCCGGCACAUAAACUGCUCCGAAGUGGGUAAGUGACAGCGCGCAGGGCAGGGCGCUCGCCUCUCCAACUUCCUCCGCCUCCAGGAGCGAUCCCCGUUCCUAGUUCCCGUUACUGCCCUCCAUUCGGACCUAUUUUCCUUCCCCCAAUAAAACAACGCCAACAAAUAGAAAGGCAAGUUUGGAAAACAUCCGGCGAAUCAGCCCAGCGGCGCGGUUUGGCAGAUUUAGUUUCCUUGACUUCGGAAGUAAAUCUCACUGUAUUCCCGGAGGGUUUACUUCCUACCUAGGAGAUCUGCUGGGUAGGAUCAUUUUCAGGAAACCCCCUCCUUCCUUGUUGGAGGCAAAGCUGAACUUUGCAUUCGGUUUUCAAACUCCGCUCGGUGCGGGUUAUUUUAUUUUAUUUCGCGAGUUCAGAGCGGAGAAAGGGGUCUGGAUUUCACAGCGACAGAAAGUAGAAUGCUGUGCAAAUAAAAUGGAAUAGAAAGCAAAAGUAAGCAAGCUUUAGAAGGGUCACAGAUUGAACGCGUGUUCAAACUCCCCUUUAAAAAAAAAUCAUUGGGGCUUUACAAAUUUCUAACUUCGUAGCUGCUUCCCCUCCCGCCUUAAGAUCAUACAGUGGUACCUCGUGUUACAUACGCUUCAGGUUACAUACGCUUCAGGUUACACACUCCACUAAGCCAGAAAUAGUGCUUCAGGUUAAGAACUUUGCUUCAGGGUGAGAACAGAAAUUGUGCUCCGGCAGCGCGGCAGCAGCAGGAGGUCCCAUUAGCUAAAGUGGUGCUUCAGGUUAAGAACAGUUUCAGGUUAAGAAUGGACCUCUGGAACGAAUUAAGUACUUGACCUGAGGUACCACUGUAAUGUUUGCUGACCUUCUCAAGGCCAAAAUGGAUCUAAAACUGGACAUUUCUCUCCCUCCUACAACCUUGGACAGCCGAAUGUCUCUGGGAAGCUCACUAGUGGGGCUGAAAACAGGUGGUUGUGGUUUCCCCCCUGUCUGUAUUUAGAGGUAUACUGCUGCUCUGUGUGGAGGCUUCAUCUUGGCCUCAAGCUUAACAAGUUAACAUAUGUCUUCAACUUCAUUGGGGUAUAAUCAACUAGUACUGUGUGAGCUAGUUAUGUCUGCAUAUCACACGUGACUCAGCUCUUCACACAUGAAAACCUCCAGUUCUGUUAAUGAGUCACAUCUUCUAUCGCAGAAGCAAAGCUGUCUUUCUGUUUUUGUUCUUAUCUAAACCAUCUUGAGCAACAGGUCCUUGGUGGACCCUCCCAGCCUUGUUUCUGCUACAGACAUGGAGGGAAGGGAGGAGAAUCGUAGGAAUUGUAGAGUUGGAAAGGGACCACGACGGUCAUCUAGCCUGAAUGCCUGCAGUGCAGGAAUCUUUUGCUCAAAGCGACCCGGAGUCUCGUGCAGUGCUCUUGGGAAAAUUAAAAGAUGUUUUCCUUACUGCUGCACAACCCCAUCCUACCUCGGGAUAUUAAAAACCAAGGGGAUGACCUUCCAGGGCAAACUCUGUUUCUUCCAGCUACUACUUUGUUUUGGAUGUUUCCCCCACUUGAACUAUAAUAAUAAGAGUGCACGGAAACGCCAUUUACCUUCACAUCGCAGUGGUAUCUGUUGAUCUACUUGCACUGGCAUGCUUUCAAACUGCUAGGCUGGCAGGAUAUAUACUUAUACCCUGCCCAUCUGGCUAGGUUUCCCCAGCCACUCUGAGCAGCUUCCAACAGGAUAUUAAAAACACAGUAAAAGGUCAAACAUUAAAAACUUUCCUAUACCGGGCUGCCUUCAGAUGUCUUCUAAAAGUCAGAUAGUUGUUUAUUUCCUUGACAGCUGGUGGGAGGGUGUUCCACAGGGCAGGCGCCAUCACGGAGAAGACCCUCUGCCUCGUUCCCUGUAACCUCACUUCUCACAGUGAGGGAACUGUUAGAAGGCCCUCAGAGCUGGACCUCAAGUGUCCGGGCAGAACGAUGGGGGUGGAGACGCUCCUUCAGGUAUACUUUUUGAGAACUACCCUGAAAGGUCCUGCAGCUGAAUGCAUAAAGAAGAGAGCCUAGCCUUCAUGCAUGCUGUGGUUGGGGAAAAAAUGGGUGGGGUUUUUUCCCUCUUCAACAAUCUCUCUAGGUGCGUGAGUGCAGGUAUCUUGCAUGCUGGGAUAAUGGAACCUUUUUGUCUUUGUUGAAGUUACAUCCCUCUCCCAGUCUGUCUUACGGUCCACUGUUGGGGUUUAGCUAUCCAGCACUUGCAUACUAACAACUCAUUUCUUAGCAGGGCCUCUGUGUGUGCUGGGCAGGGAUGUAUCCUGCCCACCUGAUAGCUCAGUCGGCAGAACAUGAGACUAUUAAUCUCAGGGUCACGGGUUCGAGUUCCACAUUGGGCAAAAAAAAAAAAAAUCCUGCAUUGCAGGGGGUUGGACUAUAUGACCCUUGUGGUCGUUUUCCAACUCUACAAUUCUGUGAUUCUUUGUGAAUCAGGGGCUACUUCCAUCCGGUAAGACCAUCCCACCCUUAAACCAAAAGGAGGAUGUCAUUUUUUGUUGCCAGGUGUUGUAAACAAAAAUUGCCCUUUUCCCUUAUGGGGUAUCCAAGAGCCCAUAUAGAGUCCUUACAUAGGUUCCCUAUUGGUAGGAGAGAAUAACAGAGGCCAACCAGAGAAUAUUGAGAAGCAAAGCAGCUUGUAAGCUUGAUCUUUAUUGAUCUGUUGCAACAGGGUGCUCCCCUCACACGCAGGAAAGGAGGAGGACUCAGAAAAAUGGCAUGCAAGGCCUUAUAAAGGCUUUUGAAAUUGCCACCCUGUAGAUCAAGACCACCCCCAGAAACAUCAUACAUGCAUCACAGAAGGGGUGUAACCUAAGACCACCACUCAGAUACAUUACACCUACAUCACAGAAAAGGCAGUCUUAAAACAGAAAAUUGAAUGAUUGGAUUGUCUGGGUAGCCUGGGCAGUCUUUUGUAAUGAUAAAUACUUAGUUCCUGGGCCAUGUCACAGGCUCACACCCUAUUCAUAUCUUAAAUGUGCCCUUAAGACAGGAUUUGUGAGGAAAGAGACAAUGGGGAGGUUUGCCACUUUGACCUUGCAGACAAAACAUUUGCUCAGUUUAGAAAUCAAAAUGGUUCCAGGUUGGUCUGCCUGUGCUGAUCUAUGUACGUACUUGGUUACUACAUUUAUGAACAUUUCCAUAUAUCUAAGACCUCAAAAUUCCUAUCACACAGGAUAAAAAAUUCCCAGCAAAGUUUGUCUGUAGUGCAGCUGCUUAAAGAUGCAGGAGCUCUUCUGGUUUUUUUGGUGUUGUUUUUAAGCUGGCGACUGGAGUCAGCUUGUAUGUAGCUUGACUGUAUGCAUUACAUCAGGGUCUAUAAGAAAUUGGAGGGGGAGGACUAUAUGCAAUGUUUAUUCUCAGCUUUUUUUCCCUAUUGCACAAGCUAGCAGUCGCCCGCCCCGCCCCAAGUUUUUGCAGCUUAAAGAACUUGAAAGAGGAAGAUAAGAAUCAACAGAGAAAGAGACAGGAAGGAAGAAAAAAAGUAUCAGAGAAAGAUGGAAAGGCCAGAACAUUGGGGGAAAUGAAAGUGACGGGGAGGGUACAAAAAAUAGAGGUACCUGGGAAAGAAGGGGGUGCAUGAGCUUAGCCUAGGGGGGCAGCCGCAUUUCUAAAUCAGUAAAAAUCAAUAGAAAUCAAUAGAAAUCUGUGGAUCUGCCCCCCCUAACGAAAGCCUGCCCCCUCCCAACAAAAAUCCUGGAUACGCCCAUGGGAGGGGGAGUAAGCGGAUUCCCCACCAUUUCAUUACAGUGGUAUCUCGCGUUACAUACGCUUCAGGUUACAUAUGCUUCAGGUUACAGACUCCGCUAACCGAGAAAUAGUGCCUCGGGUUAAGAACUUUGCUUCAGGAUGAGAACAGAAAUCGCACACCAGCAGGAGGCCCCAUCAGCUAAAAUGGUGCUUCAGGUUAAGAACAGUUUCAAGUUAAGAAUGGACCUCCGGAACAAAUUAAGUACAGUGGCACCUCGGGUUAAGUACUUAAUUCGUUCCGGAGGUCUGUACUUAACCUGAAACUGUUCUUAACCUGAAGCACCACUUUAGCUAAUGGGGCCUCCUGCUGCCGCCGUGCCACCGGAGCACGAUUUCUGUUCUUAUCCUGAAGCAAAGUUCUUAACCUGAAGCACUCUUUCUAGGUUAGUGGAGUGUGUAACCUGAAGCGUAUGUAACCUGAGGUACCACUGUACUUAACCCGAGGUACCACUGUAUUCAGGGGGAGGAAAUAUCUGCCUUUCUUAACCUGUAAUUGGGUAGUGAGGCUCCCUCACAAAGAAUAAGACUGAAGCUGAGCCCCAAUCCCGUCUCAAAGCAAAAGGCAUCUUAGCAAGUUCAGCAUAGCUGUGAUUCUUUGCAUUGUGAGGGGUUGGGCUAAAUGACCCCAUGGGGUCCCCUUCUGACUCUACCAUGCUACGAUCCUAUGGCAAUGCGAGAGGAAGCACCAUGGCACAGCGGUGUGACCUUCUGUUUAUUUUGUAGCAGCGUGUAAUGAUUGAACAUGGCCUGUUUAAGUAGAAUUCAGUAUGAAUAAAUAAAUGGCUGAGUAGUCAAGGAAUUGGUCCUAUAAUAUUGUUGCAGGAAUUUAUGUAUGGGGGGGGGUUGCCCCUCCAGCAGAUAUCAGCACAAUCACUUUUGUGACCUUUGUGAUUUGUCCUCACAAAACACUCCAUCACAGUUUCUUCCUAUCUAUUCAAAGGGCCUUUGCUUCAUGAUACUAAAUGUAACAAUUCACUGAUAAAUCUAUCUAUGUACUGGCUCACUGGGAAAACUUCAGGAAUUCAUAUAGACAUGUGAGCUCAGCUGCUCAGCAGCCCCUCUGCCUGAGUGAUAAUUCCUGGCAUCCUGAUACCUGAGCGCCAGACAGGCAGCCAUUCCAGAAAUAUCAAACCCAGAUAAAGACAAAAGGGUGUGAUUAACUUGGCUGGGAAACAGGGAAAUGUAAAUAUCUCUUUUGUUCCACUUGAUGGGUGUUUGGUGGAGGGCAAGGAGAACCAUGGGGCAGGGUCCAGGAUGCUCAGAUUACUGCCACCAGACCUCCCCUUUCAUGAUGUAACCGUGAUGUAUGAGUGAUGUAGUUUGGGGGGGGUGGUGCUGUGGGUUAAACCACAGAGCCUAGGACUUGCCAAUCAGAAGGUUGGUGGUUCGAAUCCCCACAACGGGGUGAGCUCCCAUUGCUCAGUCCCUGUUCUUGCCAACCUAGCAGUUCGAAAGCACAUCAAAGUGUAAGUAGAUAAAUAGGUACCGCUCCGGCGGGAAGGUAAACGGCGUUUCCAUGCGCUGCUCUGGUUCGCCAGAAGCGGCUUAGUCAUGCUGGCCACAUGACCCGGAAGCUGUAUGCCGGGUCCCUUGGCCAUUAAAGCGAGAUGAGCGCCACAACCCCAGAGUCGGUCACGACUGGACCUAAUGGUCAGGGGCCCCUUUACCUUUAACAUGGGGAUUAGCAGCUAAUAAAAGUUUGGGAGCUCUUUUGUUCGGGGCUUCCAUCUUGUUCCAACUUGUGGCAGGUGGGAGUCCUGUCGCGACAGUCUUCAAUAAAGCCCAAGCCUACUGGCUGCUGUUUUGCUCUAUUAUUCCUGGCUGGUGUCCUUGUUUUUUGUCCAAGGGAGCCCUCAGAUUUCUCUGUUAACAGUAUGCUAUUCAGGGGUAGGCAACCUAAGGCCCAGGGGCCAGAUGCGACCCAAUCACCUUCUCAAUCCGGCCUGUGGACGGUCUGGGAAUCAGCAUGUUUUUACAUGAGUAGAAUGUGUCCUUUUAUUUAAAAUGCAUCUCUGGGUUAUUUGUGGGGCAUAGGAAUUCAUUCAUUUCCCCCCCCCCCCCCCAAAAAAAUAUAGUCCGGACCACCACAGGAUCUGAGGGACGGUGGACCAGCCCACGGUUGAAAAAGGUUGCUGACCCCUGUGCUAUCUGUAUAAGUUUAUGAAGAUUUGAAAGGAACCAGCAUUUGUCUUCGUUUUGUGCUCUUUUUAUCUUCUCUCUCUAUUUCUUUUUUUAGAAGCUACUUUGCACCUUUUUGAAUCCCAUUUGCCCAGCUGCACAAAAACUUAUUACACACUCAUUUUUUUUGUGUGUGUGAUGUCACACAAAAUGUUUCCAGCUGCACCUCAGAUUAACCCUGUGUGUAAUGUGGUUUAGCAAACGAAAUUGGAUGUGUCUAUCUCUAACUAAAACUUAAAAGCCCCUGUUUGCAGAGGGUGGGUUUUGUUUGAACUGGAUUGCUUGGGUCUACAGGCAGCUCCAGUUUGGGUCAAAUUUGGUUUUAUUGGAAGCGCUUGUCUUAAUAACAUCAGUGCUGAUUGGAGAACAUGGUUCAGCCCUCUCAGGAUGUUGGCCACUUUGUCUGAAGUGCAGACUAAGAAGUAGAUAGAAAAUGGUCAAAAGGGGAAUGGUGAUUUGCUGAAGGGAAGUGUUUUUUUUCUUUAUUUAUAUUUUACAUCAGCACUUCUCUACAUUAGUCAUGGUCACAAGGUCAGAAAGUUUAUGCCUGAAAGAGUGAACAAUGCAGUUUGCCUUCCUCCUGACCCUCACAUGAUUGCAGACAGUAUUUUUUUAAAUUUAGGUUUUAUGUCUUACAACUUUAAGCAGCAGAAAUGGAAACAUUAAUUGGGCCUGAAUUCUACAUUUUUAAUUAUGCGUACUGUAAAAGAAAAAUACUUACCACAGUUUCAUUAAAAAUAAUACUUAUUGGACCAGAAUUCCACAUUUUUAAUUAUAUGUUUAAAAGAAAAUACUGACAUAUCGCAAUCUCAUUAAAAAAGAAAGUCAAGGUGGUGCACAACAAUUUAUAUAUGAGCAAAGGCACGUCGAAAAUUAAAAUCACAAGUCCCCAGCUGAUAAUUAAUUCAUUGCCUCGUCACAUUAAAAAGUUUUUGGCAAAUUGUUAAAAGUUGUUGUAGAAGAUGCCUGCUGCAUCCAUAUUGGAAGAGCAUGAAACUGGAUGAUGCAAUAAUCAUGUCCAAAGUCCUGAAUUGCUUAAAAAAAAUAUGGUUUGCUUCACACAGCCGUUUGAAUACAUUUAUUUUCUUAAAUUUAUACAUGGCUUAUCUUCCAUCAUGGAACUGAAUGUCGUUUGAUCAGUUCUGCUGCCGCAGGCCCACUCCUUCAGGAACCCUUUUUGGCGCAGUAUAAAUGCCACCAAUCAGUCAAUAAAUCCCAUCCAGGUACUGGCCAGACCCAGAGCUGCUUGUUUUGGAUGCUCUUGUAUGGAUGCUUUAGCUGAGAUUCCUGCUUUGCGGGGGGGUUGGGCUAGAUGACCCUUGGGUCCCUUCCAACACUAAGAUUCUAUGAUCUUCAGCAAAAUAGAUGCAUUACGUGCCUUCAGACCAUGCCUUGAGAUUGUAUGCCUCUGAGCCCAUUCAUAAAGGUGAGCAUGUCAGACCAGAACAAAGGACAUGGAUUCAAAUCCUUCCCUGGCUUUGAACCUCACGGGGUCCAGACAGUUUUUCAACCUAAUAAUCUUCACAGGGUGGGUUGUAUGGAUAAAAUGAAGGUGGAGAAAGAUCUGUCUGUGUUGUCCUGAAUGAUUUGGAGGAAGAACAGCCAAGCAAUGUGAUAUUUAUUUAUUUCAUAAAAUUUAUUCACGGCUUGAUUUUCUACUUUAAACUUCAAAGUGGUUUACAAAGCAUAGAUGGAAAUAAAGAUUGUUACCACCUCUGCUUGAUUCCUAUGCUGGGCACAGAGAAAGGACAUGACUGUUCAUCACUUCUGACACCCCUGCUCACUAGCCUUGCUUACCGGGCCAGUAUAUAAUUGCAGGGCUGUGUUACUGUUGCAUCUGUGCAUUGGCCAGCUUGCUUCUUCAGCCUGGUUCUCUUCCCCAUCCCCAAAUUGGUGAAAAUUCUCUUUGCUGCUUCUCUCCAGGGGCUGUGGAGAAAAAAGUUGUCGUUAACCUUCAGAAACUCGAUGUUGCUCAGGACGAUCAAGGGAACUUUGGCUUCUUCACGAUAAUUUACAACCAAGGCUUCGAGGUUGUGCUGAACAACUACAAGUGGUUUGCAUUUUUUAAGGUAAUGUAGCUUCCAAAUAAUAAUAAUAACUAAUAAUAAUAAUAAUAAAACCUCUGCACCAUUUUCCUCCAGAAUAUGUUGGGAAUAAAGGGCUCUUCCAAACUUUGAAAUUCUUGUUGGCAAAAUAAUUUGGAAGGAGUAUAAUCGGUGCUUUUUUUCUGGGGGUACUCAAGAGUGCGCAGUAUCUGCAGCUAUUUUUCUAGAAGAAAAGUGCUGUAUAAUAUAUGAUGUCUCCAUAAGGUAAAACAUAAAUGUCCCCUGGACAGUUUGGUCCAGUCAAAGGCGACCAUGGGGUGUGGUGCUCAUCUCACUUUUGGGACCGAGGAAGUCACUGUUUGUCCACAGACAGCUUUCCGGGUCAUGUGGCCAGCAGGACUAAACCACUUCUGGUGCAACAGAACACUGUGACAGAAACCAGAGCGCACGAAAAUGCCAUUUACCUUCCCACCAUAGCGGUACCUAUUUAUCUACUUGCACUGGUGUGCUUUCGAACUGUUAGGUAGGCUGGAGCUGGGACAGAGCAAUGGGAGCUCAUCCCAUCACGGGGAUUCGAAUUACUGACCUUCCGUUUGGCAAGCCCAAGAGGCUCGGUGGUUUAGACCAUGGUGCCACCCAUGUCUCUGUACAGCCUAUUUGAAGAGUGAGCAGAGGAGCAGUUCUGGAUUGGACAAAGCUCUCACAUUGAACACAUGCUUAGAUUCUGAAACUUGUCAUAUUUUUCACUAAGCUUUGUUGGUCUGUCUUUGGAAGCCAAGAAAGCUGGCAAUUGGCUGCAGACCUUCAACUCUCUGUCGAAAUGCCUGUUUGCUCCUUGCCGUUUCCAGGAGAACUUUAAAACAGGCUUCUGAGUAAGGAAUCUCCUGGUGCAAAGGUCUUGUUUACAGGCCUGCCUGUGCCUGCCGCAGAAGCUUUUGGAUGGGUCUGGAAUUCAGUUUCAUCAGAAUCGCUCGAUAAUGGUGGGAGAGGUGGGUUGCAGGUGUGAAGGUCAAACUGGUCCAAAACACAGCCUUGACUCUUCCAGCCAAAGGUUGCCAUUGCCCCAUGAUGUCGCAGGACAGUGGGCAUUUAUGCAGACUAGGGGUGGCUUGCUUGGUGAGACCCUUCUAGGAACAUGCAAGACAAUGGGGUUUGUUCUCCUAAAUGGUAGAGCUUGUGGAUGCCUGUUAGUUGACCGUGCUACAUCAGAAGGGAUCUUGCAUGCUCUUUUGAACAAUAGCAAAAAAAACCAACACCCUGUGCAUAAAAAAAACUCCUGUGUUCGGGAGCUCUUGGAACAGCCUUCCCCAACCUGAGGCCUUCCAGAUGUUGUAGGAGACCAACGCCCAUCAGCCCCAGCAAACCAGGCCCAGUGGCCAAGGAUUAUGGGACUAUGGCCCUCCAGAUGUUGCUGCAUUGCAGACGGUUGUCUUAGAACAUGCAUGCAAAUUUCCUCUCAUCAUACCAUUUGUUCAUUCAAUGUAGUAUUGUCUACUUUGAGUGACAGCAAGGUUUCAAGCAGAGUCUUUCUAGCUGGAAAUGCCUGGGAUUACAUCUGGUAUUUGCUGGGCAAUGCACUCAUUCUUUCCCUCUGCUACAGCAUUUCCAAGAUCCCUGGCAAAAUUGAGCAGAGAGGAACGAGCGGCGGCGAGUUCCCUUUGAAUGUAUUCUACAAACCACUUGUGGUGGGAAACUUAAACGUGGGGCUUUGUGGAAGUUGAAAAUGGUCAUCACCUGGAGUCUGUGUAUGCAAUAAUAAUACUAUUAUUUCAUUUACAAAUAAAUCGCUUCCCAUAAGGGCAUCACCGAAGUGAUCUGCAAUGUAUCUAAGACGGAUACGGAUUUUUUUUAAAAAAAAAGUUAAAACAAUUACGUAUAGAAGAACAAUUGUUAUAAAUAGUUGCGCAUUGCAGGGGGUUGAACUAGAUCACCCUCAUGGUCCCUUCCAAGUCUACAAAAUCUGAUUCUGUGAUCUAAGAACAAGGUAAAAAACAACAACACGUAAAAUCAAUUCAAAUCCCAGAUUUAUUUAAAAAAUAAAGAUUUUUGAAGGCUUGCUGAAAGAACAGGCAACAAAGAAGGACUUCCAAAGGUUAGGUGCCACCAUACUAAAGGCCGGAUUCUGACCUUGUGUAGAACAGAACUUCUGAUAGGAUGGCAACUGCAGGAUGCCAUCGUCUGCAUAAGCAGUGAUUGGUUGGGUACAUAGGGGGUGAGAUUAAUAUAUGGCAUUCAGUGACUGUGUACACACACAUAUAUGACUAUAUAGAUGUCUAGUUUUUUGAAGCAUGGUAGAUAAGAAAAUUGAGGUUGGUUGUUUCUGAGUUGGUGUGGAACGUAAGCAGAUUUCUGUUAAAAGCAAAGCUGAAUUGCUGAGCAGAUGGCAUUGAAAGAGCUCCAUCCCUAUCUUGCUUUGGGUGCCAACCAUUGUUUGUAGAGACCUAAUGAGAAGAGUGUUGGUUGAAAGAGGUGACUCUGUAGACUGCAUACACUUCACUGCCAGUUGGACAAGUCUUUGUGAUAUCUGUAGUGCCUCCAUGGGGUGUGGGGCUAAGUCCCAUUUCAUGCAUUAAAUCAUAACAGUGCCAAGCAUUUAAUGCACUGUCAUACCACCUCAAACCAUGAUGGCUUGCCCAAAAGAAUGAUGGGAUCUGUAGAGUGCUGAGAUUUUAGAAGAUGCCUCAUUCCCCUCGCAGAGCUACAAGUCUCAAAGCUCCCCUGGGAAAGAGAGGUUGGUUGUUAAGCCACUCUGAGAAUCGUAGCUCUGGGAGGAGUCUCCCAACAUCUGCUUUAUAGAGCAUCUAUUUAUGCAGAAGAUCGCAAGCAUCUCCGGGGAAGACUUGUCUGAAACCCUGGAGAACCUCUGCAAGUCAUUGUAGGCAAUACUGAACUACAUGGUUCAAUGGUCUCACUCUAUAAGGCAUAUCAAGGGUCUGGAAACCAAGCCUUAUGAGGAGCGGUUGAAGGAGCUGGGUAUGUUUAGCCUGGAAAAGAGGAGACUGAGAGGAGAUACGAUAGCCAUCUUCAAAUCACUCAAGGGCUGUCACAUGGAAGAAGAAGAGUUUGGAUUUGAUAUCCCGCCUUUCACUCCCCUUCAGGAGUCUCAAAGCGGCUAACAUUCUCCUUUCCCUUCCUCCCCCACAACAAACACUCUGUGAGGUGAGUGGGGCUCAGAGACUUCAGAGAAGUGUGACUGGCCCAAGGUCACCCAGCAGCUGCAUGUGGAGGAGCGGGGAAGCGAACCCGGUUCACCAGAUUGCCAGUCUAUUGCUCUUAACCACUACACCACACUGGCUCUCUUCACACUGGAAGAGGAAACAAGCUUGUUUCCUCUUACUUCAGAUGGUAGGACCCAAACCAAUGGCUUCAAGUUACCAGAAAGGAGAUUCCGCCUAAAUAUUAAGAAGAACUUUCUGACAGUAAGAGCUGUUGAACUCCCUUGAAAGGUGAUGGACUCUCCUUUCUUGGAGGUUUAUAAGCAGAGGUUUGGAUGGCCAUCUGUCCUGGAUGCUUUAGCUGAGAUUCCAGCAUUGCAAGGGGGUUGGACUAGAUGACCCUCGGGAUCCCUUCCAACUCUGCCAUUCUAUGCUAAGGGCCGGAUCAACGUUGCUGAGAAGCUAAGCCACAAAUUUUCCUACACCCCUUCUAAACACACACAAACACCAGGUGCCCUUCCUGGCUUUUUCUUUCCCCCCCUUUUUUUAAGAAGCAGCCACUGCAUGAAGUUUUCACGCUUCAGGUUAUCAGGGGGGGAAAGGCCACUUAAAACCGCCAAGGCUCAUCGUUUCACGACGCCUGGGACCAGCAGGCAAGGAAAAGAGCCGGCGGCAAAAGAAAAAAGAAGCUGUUGUGUUUUGUGUUAUUGCUUUGGAGGUACACGAAGUUUCCGGGAUGCCGUUCCAAAUUCAUCAAGAUCGACGGCAGGCAGCUCAGCGGAGCUUCGGGGCAAAGGAACUUGGAACGUUUUAGCACCGCAGAGCCUACAGUCCCUGCCGGCAUCGUGCCAAGGAGGCAAAUUUCACCCUUUCUGCAAAGCAUAAAAGCAACAGAGGUCUAAAGUGCGUCCCUCAUGUCAAGGAAACAAAGCUGCAGGCAAAACCAAAAAUAUAGGAAGCAUAUGGUGGCUGGUAGGGUAUCUAAAUCUGGGCAAAUGCAUCUUCCUUGAGCAGAAAAACUUGGCUUGCUUCUCAGGCAGGUUGAUCCAGCCCUUAUCACAAAAUUGUAGGGUUGGGAGGGACCCAGAGGCACACUGAAAUGUAGGCAUCACAGCUCUGUAAUCACCUAGUCCAGAAGGUCACUGGGCUUUUGGGGCCAGUGGACGCAUUCGUAAGCCAGAAACUCUUAUGGGCAACACCCCUCUAUUUUAUUGCUUAGAACAGAAUAGAAUCAAUACUGUUACUUCUCUUAAUCUGGACACAAUACAUCUGUUGAUGCACCCUAGAAUAGCCUUGGCUUUUGUUUUUUGCUGCUGUAUCCCAUUGUUGACUCAUGUUCAGCUUGUGGUCCAGUAAGACCCCUAGAUAUUUUUCGCAUGUGCUACUUCUUUCAAACUUAAUUUCCAUGGGAAGUUGGAUUACAGGGAGGAGAUGUCUCUUUAAAGACUUUUCACCCCACCUUUCCUCCCAGGAGCUUCAAUGCAAGGGUACAUGAUUAUUCCACCUCUACAUUUUAUGUGGCUUAGGGCCCUCGUAUUUAGGGGACCACCUCUCCUGGUAUGCCCUGCAGAGGACCUUAAGGUCCAUGAAUAAUCAUAGUUUAGAGGUCCCAGGCCCCAAGGAAGUCAGAUUAUCCUCCACCAAGGCCAGGGCCUUCUCAGUGAUGGCUUCAACCUGGUGGAAUUCUCUGUCCCAUGAGACCAGGGCCCUGCGGGAUUUAACUUCCUUCUGCAGGCCCUGUAAGACAGAGCUAUUCUGCCUGGCUUUCAAUUUGAACUUAGCAUGAUCUUUUAUUCCCCUUCCUUCCCUCCCCCUCCCCUUUUUGUGAAGAUUACCCGCUCUGGGAUCCCACAGCUGGUUCUCCCCUGGUCUCCUCGCUGGCCCAAGUGGGACUAAUUUAGCCAGCUAGCCCUAACGUUUAUUGGAUGGAUUUUCCCCCUAAAUUGAUUUUUGAAUUCUGAAUUUAUUGUUAUUCACAUUUUAUACUGUAUUUUAUCCUGUUUUUUGUUGCAUCAAUUAAGUGUUUUAAAUUUGUUGUUAGCUGCCCUGAGCCCGGUUUUCUGAACCGGGAAGGGUGGGAUAUAAAUAAAAAUUUAUUAUUAUUAUUAUCCUCAGAACAACCCUGUGAGGUCAGUUAGCCUGAGAGGCAGUGACUGGCCAAAGGAGCUCCGCAGAAGGCAAGGCAUUUCCAGGCUGCGUGGGUGCUUUUCCCUGGUUCGGUAGCUCACCAAAGGGCCAAAGGCAGUGUUAGAAAUUAGUCAGGCGUGUUUUGUAACUGGUGCGGGUCAAAUUGUGACCAUGUGGAUGCCGGGUUGGAGACCGGAGAAAGCAAAACGUCACUUAAAGGAUCUGAAAUAUUUUCCUUGAAGCUUGAAUUUGUUUUACUCGAUGUUUUAUUUGUUGUGUACCACUUCGAGAGUUGUUCUUUAAAAUAUAAAGUGUUGUAGAAAUGGAAUUACGGUAAUCGCCACCAUCAUCCCCAUUGCAAAAUGGGCAGAAUCUGACCAGCAUCCCUUUCGCUUCCCUUCCCAGUAUAAAAAGGACGGCUUAAACGUAACCAGUUACUGCCACGAGACCUUACCUGGGUGGGUCCAUGAUGUGUUGGGCCGGAACUGGGCAUGCUUCACCGCGCAAAAGAUCUCCCCUUCAGCCUCCGGUGUUCGUGUAAAUCAGCUGCCUUUGAAAUCCACUGGAAGGUGAGUGGAAACAAAUGCCAUUUUGUUUGGUUAAUUGUAUGCUCUGAUACGAAGACAGGAGUGCCUGGCGUGCUCUGGUCCAUGGGGUCACGAAGAAUCAGACACGACUAAACAACUAAACAACAACAACAUGCUCUGAUACAGGCUCCGUCAUAGAGCCAGACAGAGAUAACUGAAGCAAGGCCCCUGAACUGUUUUUAUCCCAGCUGAUCAUUCUAACAAUUCUUGACUUUGUGAAAUAGUGCCUGAGCCUUUUUGUGGUUACCUCCUCCCUCCCCAUACAUUUUCCUUUUGUGUUAUGUCAAGACAAGGACUGUCUACUGGUCUUGAAAACAAAUAAGUACUGAAGGCCAGUUGAUUCAGAAGACUGCAGGCUCAUCCUGCUGGCUCUCCUUCAGAGACUGGUAGUGUUUAUUUUUGCACUGACAUGGGAGAGAUGGGACCACUGUUUUGGCUCAGUGUGAUGCAGCUUCAUAGGUUUCCAUAGGUCCAUAAUGAGAGGGUUUGUAUGUUACAUCCCAAAACCGUACAAUCUGUGUACGCAAGUAACUGAGCUGUACACAUAUGUUCAAUGAGUGUAGAGUCAGUGUACACAACACUUAAGCUGUACAAAUCAACCUGUGAACAAUGACUUAGGCAUGUGUAGAGACAUGUUCAGUGCAACUAUAGUCAUCAGAAUCCAUAGAUCUUUUGAGGCAUCCUCUGGCUCAUGUGUGGUACCUGUUUUGACCCUCUGAUCAUAGGGAACUAGAAUUCUGGUAUUCAUGCUUAAAACCCAGUCAGUAUUCAGACUUAAAGGGGCAGGUGGGGCUCGUUGGCUUGGGAAGGUAGCCUUGCAGGGACAUCUUUGGGAGAAGAAAAGGCUUCCUCAACCUCAGCCCUCCAGAUGUUUUUUGAAACUACAAUUCCCAUCAUUCCUGACCACUGGUCCUGCUAGCUAGGGAUCAUGGGAAUUGUAGGCCAAAAACAUCUGAAGGGCCGAGGAAGCCUGGAGUAAACCCUACAGAAAUCCAGAAUGGAGUCCCUAAGACAGCUGGAUGGCGCCAUGUAUGUCUCCUUCUGGCAACUCCUGCAGCCAAGCUGGUGCCAAACGUCUUGCUCUGCUUUCCUUUGGACCACAUCAUUGAGGCUGAGAGGGCAGGGUCUUGCCAUCUGGGCAGCCCAAGACCUCCAUCCACACUGCCCAGGCUUGUGUUUCAGAGAGAUCAUUUCAGUGCUGCCAGCACAGCAGUUUGGCUUCACCCCACAAGGUGCACUCCAUUGUCUCUUGAGGCAGACAGAUGCCAGAACAACAACAACAACAUUCAUACUUCAUAUCUGAAACGUUGUGGCUCUUCUAGGUACAGAAAGUCAUUGCAAAGUCCAGUUAAGGUGUACCUGUAUUUGUACAGUUUAUUUUUCUGCCACUUAGAACAGCAGUUCCCAAACCUUUUCUUCCAGAAACCUCUUGGAAAUUGCUGGAGUUCUUGUAGGACCACUUAAUGAUUUUUCUGCCCAUUUUAAUGUACUCUGCUGGAUGUUGGAUGAUUUUUAAUUAUACCUUGACUGCUCUGUUUACUUCCUGUAUGUUGCAUUUUAUUGCAUUACAAUAAAAUAAAAUACAAUAUAACAAAUAAAAGUACAAUUAAAAAUCAAUAUGAAUUGUUCAUGUAAUAGCUGUGCCGUCCCCCAUCUUCAACCACGAAGCCACAGACCUGUCAGGGAUCACCUGAAUGAUGCUCAUUGAGCACUGUUUGGAAACACUUGGCUUCGAGAGUUGUUCGAUUAAGUUUUUUUAUAAGUCUUUAAAUAAAAUGAGUGUAAACCAGUUAAUUCUUGUUCCUUGUUGCUAUUAAAACAUAGACUGUGAGCAGUGCCAGAUUUACGUAUAAGCUAAACAAGGGACGCGGGUGGCGCUGUGGUCUAAACCACAGAGCCUAGGGCUUGCUGAUCAGAAGGUCAGCGGUUCGAAUCCCCGCGACGGGGUGAGCUCCCGUUGCUCGAUCCCAGCUCCUGCCAACCUAGCAGUUCGAAAGCACAUCAAAGUGCAAGUAGAUAAAUAGGUACCGCUCCAGCAGGAAGGUAAACGGCAUUUCCGUGACCUGCUCUGGUUCGCCAGAAGCCACUUAGUCAUGCUGGCCACAUGACCCAGAAGCUAUACGCCGGCUCCCUCGAUCAAUAAAGCGAGAUGAGCGCCGCAACCCCAGAGUCGUCCGCGACUGGACCUAAUGGUCAGGGGUCCCUUUACCUUUAAGCAAGCCAUAGCUUAGGGCCCCACUCUCUUGCCCCCCCCCCAAGGGGGGAAAACCUGGAUGUACAUUUCCAAGAUAUAAGAUAAAAAACAAAUAAAAUAAAACCUACAUACAGCAACAGUGUUUUGUGUUGUGUAGGCUCCCAUGAUGUAAGUAAUGGGCCCCGCCUGCUAGCCUGCUCCCUAAAAUAUCACUGGUUUGCUCAUUUCUAUAUAUUGGGUGCCUGCAUUCUGCAUGGACUGAUUGCUUGGCAACAUGUGCAAAUGACUUUAGGUCCAUAAAUUACCAUAUAGCAUAUAUUCAACACAAAAAAGCAACAAUUUGUUGUUGACAAAGGACACCUGGACAUAUAAAGGGCCCCAUUAGCUUCAGUAGCUUAGGGCCUCAUCAAACCUAAAUCCGGCGCUGACUGUGAGGCAGAGAUUUCAACUUUAAAUGCCCGCCUGUGAAGCACUAUGAUUGCUGGUGGCAUUGUCUUAAUAACAAAGGGUCUCUUGUCUUGUGGAAGAGUUUCAUGAGGGGUUGCGUUGGGCUGUUUUCUUAAUAAACUACUGGGACUUAAGCAGAUUCUAGCCUUCGCAAGGCUCCCUCGCCUAACGCGUCGUUUGUGUCUCGACCGCAGAUCUCUGCAGAAGUUCUACGUGAACAACUACGACUUCGUAGGAGCAAUCAACGCCAUUCAGAAAUCGUGGAAAGCAGUAGCCUACAAGGAAUAUGAAGGCCUCACCCUAGAAGAUUUGGCUCGGAGAGCAGGCGGGUUAAAUCCCAGAAUUCCAAGGUAAAGGGAUCGUGACAUUUUGGCCUAGUCGUCACCAAGGGACCAUAAACCUGGGGCUGGCUUGUGCUGCUUAAAAGGGUUGGUGGUGCUGAACACACCUCCGUUCAUCGUCCUGUGUGUGCGCAUACAUGUAUGGAGAGCGAGAAGGAGAGAGUUUUACAACUCGUGUCUCCAGCUCCUACUGCUUUCACAAGCUGUGUGUAAAGGCAGUGGUCCUUCCAUGGGAAAGCUGUGCUAUCUUUGAAUGAGAAUCAUUCUUCACACAGCACAUAGUUUAAACUAUAGUGGUACCUCAGGUUAAGAACUUAAUUCAUUCUGGAGGUCUGUUCUUAACCUGAAACUGUUCUUAACCUGAAGCACCACUUUAGCUAAUGGGGCCUCCUGCUGCCGCCGCCGCCACGCAAUUUCUGUUCUCAUCCUGAAGCAAAGUUCUUAACCCGAGGUACUAUUUCUGGGUUAGCGGAGUCUGUAACCUGAAGUGUCUGUAACCGGAUGUACCACUGUAGGGGAUUCUCUCCCACAAGGGGCAGGGAUGGCUGCCAGCAUGGGUGGCUUCCAAAGAGAUCUGGAGGGCCUCAUUAGCUCCUAGACCUGAGAUUCCCUGCCUUUUCCUUUUAUAAAUAAAUUCAAAAAGGGGGUAAAUACAAAAAACAGAAUCCCAACUUAGCCUCCCCACUGCCACCCAAGGACGGAGCAGUCUUUUUAAGUUUGCCAAAGUCCAGUCUUUGAUUUUGGCGCUUGCUAUUCUUCAGAGUUAUCAGUAAAGUAUUUUACAGAACGAUGCAUAUUUAAACAAAAUCAUCUUCAUCAUUUGUAGUAUUCAGUGCAUGUGAUCUCUUUUGUUAAUCUUUCUGAUGCAUCAAUCGGACAUACAUUCCGUUUCCAACAAGAAAUGCACACAUCGUUUCCAAUUCUGUGCCGCUCAUAGAAGCACUGCUACUAAAAGGAGAGUAAUUAGUUAUUCAGGUUGCCCUUCUUUUAAAAUGGUUAACAAUCCCAAACUUGGGGUAUAUUCUACGUGUUAACCUAUAGUAUAGCUUAUUUCUGUAAAUACCCACUGCCAGAAGGGCUGUACAUGCUCACGCUUCCACCACAUGUGAAGUGUUGUACCUUUUCCAUAGAUGAACACUCUGCUGCUUGUAGGAAGACAUGCAGGAAGGCUGUGUGGACAUUGCAGCUCUCGGAUGGUGUUCCAAUUCUUCCUCUUGUCAAAUAAUAGGGAUUCCAAUAUGAAGUAUUUGGGUUUUAUUUCUUUAUAGGCCAAAACCUGCCCCUCUGACUGCUGAACUAAUGAAACAAGUUUCCAACCUGCCUGAAUCUUGGGACUGGAGGAACGUGAAUGGUGUUAACUACGUCAGCCCAGUGCGAAACCAGGGUAGGAUAUGUUCCUUUCAUACCUUUUGUUACUGAAAUAACCAACAAGGUGUUCUAGAAAAGUCAAAUACACAACUUGGAUGUACACAGCCUACAGCCAGUUCUUUUGAGAGAGAUGGAUGCAAGUCAGGGACAUUGCAACGUGGGAUGCUGUCAUCCAUCGUGAGAACAACUAAAGAGUUGAACUCAUUCACAUCAUAAAGUGUAUUAGCCACUUGACUGCGGCAUUGCCCAGAAACCUUGCCUCACCUUUUGCCAUGACCAUAGAUCAGAUGUGGGGAACAUAAGCAUUUUCUGCUCCCAUUUUGGUUUUCAGCAGUCUCCUGGUUGAGGCCGGAAGGCUGGAGUUUGCUCUUGUGGGUCCCACCCCGGUUUCAGUGUUGGGUUAUGAAUUGGCCCAGUCUGACACGCCGCCAGCCUCUGGGUUUCACUCAACUUAAUAUUGGAUGCUUGUUAACAGUGGAACUGAACCUCAUUAACAGAUUACUUUCCUAAUUGUUUCUGACAGCAAAUUAUCACUCCGCUUUUAGCCAGUGAUCCCUUGAAUUGUCUUACGCCACUUUCAGGUCUUAUUGUUGAUCAAAGUCAUAGUUCUAGGUGUGUGGGGGGGGGGUUUAGUGGUGAUAAUUACACCACCGGGUAGGUAUGUCAUAAAUCCCUCCCUUCUUCCAUCAGUGUCAGUCUUGAAGGUGGCUAAAUGCAGCUGGCUUGGGCCUAACCGCUUCAGCUGAUGUGCUCAAAGCAGGCCCAAGAACGUGACAGAAAUGAAAAUGAUGAGGAAAAGGAUUUUGUGGUUUUUGGGUGUGGGUGGAAAUUACAUCACUUUCCUGGGCAGUGAAAAGUGGUGUUACGUGCCUCUUUGCUACAAGAAACCCAAGACUAUGUUCUGGGAGAAUUAGCUUUCAGCUUCUUUCCGGAAACCUUGAACUCUGAAUUCCCACUGGCUCCUUUUUGCUUUCUUUCUCACUUAUUUACAGCAGGGAUGGGGAAACUCUGGUCCAGGCCUCCUUGUUUGUCCCUCCCACUGCAUUUUGGCCAAACCGUGUGCAAUUGGUCAGUGUGCUUGGCUGUCAACCAGAAGGUUGGUUGUUCGAGUCCCAGGGAAGGCUGUGGGCAGAGUUCAGGGGGUUGGCUGGGCCAAAAGGACUUUCUGGAGCACCAAUUACCUGCCAAUCAGCGAGACGGGGAAGCGCAUUGGUGUCCCAACGAUCAGCUGGCUGGCUGUGCAUCAGAAGAUGGGUCUUGGGGUUGCAUCGCUUGUCAUCUUUGUGAUGUCAGGUGAUUGACAGAAUGGCAAUCCCACCCACCUGUCAUAUUUGUUGUUUUUUAUAGUAAUAUUUAUUAGCAUUUUCAUUUUCAAAAAACACCAUAGUUUUUACAUUUCUUAUCAUCACCUGUAUUUUGACUCUCUUGAGUCGUCAAAUUCCACCCAUCCCUCCAAACUGGCUUUCUAACUUCCAGUCGUAACUUCAUCUGCAUUUUUAUUCUGUCUACCUACCUUUCUUUUUACUUUCAUAUUCUUUAUAAUUGUAAAUCAGCUUUUACUUUUAACCAGCAAACCUUUAAGUCAGUCCUGUUAGUGUUGUUUAAUGUUUACAAUCAUAUUUCAAAUAUGUAAUAAAUUACUCCAGCUUUUUUCAAACUGUUGGUCUCGCUGGUCUCAGAUUUUCCUGGACAGUUUUGUCAGUUCUACGUAUUCAAUCAUCUUAUUUUGCCAUUCUUUUCUACUGUCGAAAUUUCUUGCCCACCUGCCAUAUUUGACCUGUGAGGCAAUAGGGGAGAUAAGGAUCUGGCCAGAUCUACUUUCCAUCCUCUCCCUGUGAUUUGGAGUAUUCUGCUUCUCAGGCAAUUAUAAUAACAAUAAUAUAAUAAAUUUUUAUUUAGAAAACCGGGCUCAGGGCGGCUAACAACAAAUUUAAAACACUUAAUUGAUGCUACAAAAAAACAGCGUAAAAUACGGUAUAAAACUUGAAUAAUAAUAAAAUCAAAAAUCAAUUUAGGGGGGAAAUCCAUCCAAUAAACGUUAGAUGAUCACCAGGGCUAGCUGGCUAAAUUAGUCCUAUUUGGGCCAGCAAGGAGACCAGGGGAGAAUUAGCUGUGGGAUCCCAGAGCGGGUAAUCUUCAUAAAAAGGGGAGGGAAGGAAGGGGAAUAAAAGAUCAGGCUAAGUUCAAAUUGAAAGCCAGGCGGAAUAGCUCUGUCUUACAGGCCCUGUGGAAGGAAGUUAAAUCCUGCAGGGCCCUGGUCUCAUGGGACAGAGCAUUCCACCAGGUUGGCGCCAUCACUGAGAAGGCCCUGGCCCUGGUGGAGGAUAGUCUGACUUCCUUAGGGCCCAGGACCUCUAAACUAUGAUUAUUCAUGGACCUUAAGGUCCUCUGCGGGGCAUACCAGGAGAGGCAGUCCUGAAAAUACGAGGGCCCUUAGCAGCGCACUUCAUUUUGGAAAGAGAAAGAGAGGCCCUGCUCUCGGGCGUACAAACUAAAAGGACAAGACUUUCAAGGGAGUAGAGGCAAAAUCGAGAGAGAAAGAUUGUGCCUUCCAAGCCAGGAGGGGGAAGCAGUGUCUCUGCAGCUCCUCUGGUCGAUGGAUGGGGGCUGAGUGGUCUUCCCUCACUGCUUCAAAGUUCUUCCUGGGAGUCAGGGUUGCAGCCCCUCAGUAGUCACAAGGUCCCCUCACAGAGGCCAGAGCAUGCUUCUUUUCAUCUCUGCAAUCCCUUCUAUGAGCAGAACUUGCCGCCAGAGCCAGGCAAUACCUGGGACUGGUUUGCUGUGUUGCAACAGAGACCUUGCUUUUGGAAACUGCUUCCCCUAAAUGGAUAUUCAGGCCUGGAGGAUCUGCUGACCGGGAAACUGGUUAGAAAGAGAAUAGACUUCCUGAACCAUCAGUUUCGAAAAGAGUCCUUUCUGCCUUUUAACGAGUCUUUAAUGGCUUUUAGUGAUUUUUUAUUUGGCUGCAGAGCGAGUGGCCUCUAAUGCAAUUUAAACCAGGUUGCGAUUUAAUUUGUGGGGAACAGCGAAAACCGGUGCUUUUAGAAAAUUAACUUGAGGUUGCCACUGCUAACUCUUGCCAUUGUUGUUGUUGUUUAUACUCUUAACUGUCAAUAUUGCCUAGCUGGUAAAUGAAUGUGCCACCAUCCUGAAUAACUAAUUUAUCUUGCUGCUAAUGAGGAAAAAUACACCAUGGAAGGUUUGUGUAUUUCUGCAAGAUGGGCUCUUGCAACUUCACCUGCAUUCACACAGCAGUUCAUUUUCUGUUUAUUUCUGCAUUGUAUUUUACAAUGUAAAAGCCGUUGUAAAACUAAUGGAAUAUUGUGUGUGUUUAGCGCUCAUUUUUAUGUUAUUUGAGUCCAAAAAAAAAAAAUCUGUUUGCAGCCCUUUUAACCCAGGAAGCUUGAGGGUAUAACAGCAUACAGUUCUUUCCUGCUAUUUUCAUGUGGGAAUCUUGCUGGAACACAAGUGCACACAUGUGGGAAGGAUGAGGGAGUAACAAAGUUAUCCAGUGGCGUUCAAUUUUGUGCCACACCACACCCACUGGUGUGCAUGAAAUUUAGUGUGACAUGCUUGUAUAUUGGGCAGAAAGCCAUAGUUCUGUAAUGCAGCUGGUAAAAGUAAAGGGACCCCUGACCGUUAGGUCCAGUUGCGGACGACUCUGGGGUUGUGGUGCUCAUCUUGCUUUAUUGGCCGAGGGAGCUUCCAGGUCAUGUGGCCAGCAUGACUAAGCCACUUCUGGCGAACCAGAGCAGCUCACACAAACGGUGUCUACCUUUCCGCCGGAGUGGUACCUAUUUAUCUACUUGCACUUUGACGUGCUUUCAAACUGCUAGGUUGGCAGGAGCAGGGACCGAGCAACGGGAGCUCACCCCGUCGCGGGGAUUCGAACCGCUGACCUUCUGAUCGGCAAGCCCUGGGCUCUGUGGUUUAACCCACAGCGCCACCCGCGUCCCUAAUGCAGCAGGUACUGAAGUGUAAAAGGAACAAAAGCCACUAGCAAUUAUGAUCAGGAAAACUAGCGGGAUGGGAUGAGAGGGGGAAAAUAAAGCUUAGAAUCAUCAGAACUUCCAACCCAACCGUUUGCUCAGUGCAGGAUCUGCAGUGCAGGAUGACACAUCAGCAUUCCUUGUGUUGCAAAAACAGAGAAACUUUAAGCAAAAGCAGGCAACACAUGACUAAUAAUGUUCUAACUAUAUAUAUAUAUAUAUAUAUAUAUAUAUAUAUAUAUAUCCUGUAUUAUUUCACAAUUCUUAAACAGAGAACAUAUGAUGGAGAUACAAAUAAUAAAAUAAAUCAAUAUUGUAUGAACAAAAUUGAAGAAGGUAGUCAAUCAAUAUCAUUGAGGCCAAACAGGCCUUUCAAUAGUCCCAAUCCUGUAAUCAUGCAAUAAUAGAAGCUCCAAGCUCAGCAAUUCUUAACAGAGAAUAUGUAAUGGAAUCACAGAAAAUAAAAGUCUAUCACUGAUGCACGAAUAAAAUUAGACAAUAUAGUCCAUCAGUAUUGAAAGAGGCAAACAAGCCUUCCAGCAGUCACAAUCCUGUACCCAUGCGAUGAUGGAUGUUCCAGAAAUGUGGUACAGUUUUGAUAGUAGUUCUUCAUCAGUGUAUGAGUGGUCCUAACAGGUACCUCAAGUAGCAUAAGAUCAGCACUCACUAAGAAGUGUAGAAAGCUGAUCCUUUUAUAAAUAAAUACCAAAAGGGGGGAAAUACAAAAACAAAACCCCAACUUAGCCUCCCCCCUGCCAGCCAAGGAUGCAUCAGUCUUUUUAAGUCUGUCAAAGUCCAGUCUUUGAUUUUGGCAGUUCCACCCAACCCUUGGCUCAGGAUGCCACAACAGCAUCCCUGAAAAAUGCUAUCCAGCCCCUGCAGAAAUGGUCCCACAAAGGAGAACCCAGGCCAACGCCGCUCACUAGUCCUUCUUCACACCCUCCUUUUGUAUUUUUCCCAGGCUGGGACAUGUCCACAAACUCUUUAAAUGCCUUUUGCCUCUCUGGCGGGUGCGUGUGAGCAGAAGCUAGCUUGCCCCCCCUAAAAAAGCUAACAUUUACAUUCAUUGCUCUGCCUUUUUGCUUCCCUGGAUGGAGGAUAGUUUUGUUUUUGUGUAGAAACUGGCCUGCUGUGCAGAUGUGACUUUUUUGGCUCCACCCCCUUUUGCCUCUUGCCCCGCCCCCACCAGCAUGUGGCCCCCAGAAGCUUGCCCAGGAGGGAAAAUGGCCCUCUGGCUGCAGAAGUUCCCCACUCCCUAAUGGAGGUCCAUUGGUCCAUUUAGGCUAGGAUGGAGAUGAUGGAUCGCCUUCACCUCUGGGAUGUGUGAGAAAUUAAAUCAUGGCGUUCCAUCCAUUGUCAGCUGAACAGAGUGAUAUAAUUGUGGAGUCCUGGGAAUAUUAGGAUGGAAGACUGGCUCUAACUGGCUCUCUCGUUCUCCUCAGCAUCCUGCGGCAGUUGCUACGCCUUUGCUUCCAUGGGCAUGCUUGAAUCCAGGAUUCGUAUCCUCACCAACAAUUCGCAGACUCCGACGCUCAGUCCCCAGCAGGUUGUUUCCUGCAGCCAGUACUCUCAAGGUAAACGACAUGGCAGCACUGUAUUCAUUCACUGUAACCUGGACCCAAGAACCUACCGAUCUUGGCUUUCCCCAUUUGUGCUGAAGAACAUCUUCCUCACCAUCUAACCCAGCAACAGAGGCUCUGUGGGACUUCUCCCCUCUGUGGCUCAGGGCAAGGGUUGUAGCUCAGCGGUAGAGCAACUCUUUUGCAUGCAGAAGGUCCCAAGUUCGAUCCCUUGCAUCUCCAGGUAGGACUAGGAAUGUUGCCUGCCCUAAAACCCUAGAGAGCUGCUGCCAAAAACCAGCAUAGGCAUAGAAAUGAAUUUCAUCUGUUUCAGCCAUAGGAGGUAGUGAGGUUUGGCAGAAGCUGAACUGCAGCAGAAUGGAGAUAGCACUGAUUGUGACAAACCCAGAGUGGGAUGGAAACCACUGUCUCCCUAUAUCCCUUAGGACAUUUGUGCAUAUUUGCAGGAUAAGAGAUCUGCACACUGUUGGCUUCUAGAAAUGAAGGGCAUAAACUGGGCAAUGCCCAACUAUUGCAUGGCAGCUUUGAGUUACAGUGGUACCUCAGGUUACAUACGCUUCAGGUUACAUACGCUUCAGACUCUGCUAACCCAGAAAUAGUACCUCUACUUACAGACUCUGCUAACCCAGAAAUAGUACCUCGGGUUAAGAACUUUGCCUCAGGAUGAGAACAGAAAUUGUGAUCCGGCGGCGCGGCAGCAGCAGGAGGCCCCAUUAGCUAAAGUGGUGCUUCAGAUUAACAAGAGUUUCAUGUUAAGAACGGACCUCCAGAACGAAUUACCGUAUUUUUCGCCCUGUAGGACGCACUUUUUCCCCUCCAAAAAUGAAGGGGAAAUGUGUGUGCGUCCUAUGGGGCGAAUGCAGGCUUUCGCUGAAGCUUGGAGAGCGAGAGGGGUCGGUGUGCACCGACCCCCCUCUCUCUCUCUCCAGGCUUCAGGAAGACAUCCGCAGCCUAGGCAGCCCUGCGGGAGUUCCCGCAGGGCUAUCUAGGCUGCGGAUAGCAGCCUGCCGCCCGGCGCGACAGGCGCCCUGAAGCAGAGCGCCCCUCGCGCCGGGCAGACAUCCGCAGCGUGGGGAGCCCUGCAGGAGUUCCCCGCAGGGCUCCCCAUGCUGCGGAUAGCAGCCUGCCGCCCGGCACGAGGGGCGCCCUGAAGCAGAGCGCCCCGCGCGCCAGGCAGACAUCGGCCAGCCCCACAAGCUCGGGAGACAGCAGGGAGGCGCAGCGCCGCCAUCCCGCUGUUCCUCAACCUGGUUCGGUUUCCCCGACCUGGUUUUGGGGGGGAAAUAAAGGGGGGGAAAUUUCCUUUAUUUCCCCCCCAAAAAAACUAGGUGCAUCCUAUGGGACGGAGAGUCCUAUGGGACAAAAAAUACGGUAAGUACUUAACCCGAGGUACCACUGUAUUUGGUCAAGACAGAAAGCGGAAUGAGCCAUGAGAACAGAGCAUAGAAAUUGGGGCGAACACUAGGGCUGGACAAUAUAUUGUCUAAAACUGGAUUAAGUCCGUAACAUAAUAUUGGUUUUAUAAUUUUUGACCUGACAAAAUACUGCAAAUUGUGAUAUAUGUGUGUGUUCUAUGCAGAAAUCACAAUGUGGGAAAAAUUGUGAAGCCAACCAAUGUCUCUACAUAGUCCCAUCCUUAUUUCAGACAUUGUGGCAUAUAGUCAUACCUCGGCUCCCGAACGCCUUGGGAGUUCAAUGUUCUGGCUCCCAAAUGUUCGAAAAACAGAAUUGAGUGUUCCAGUUUUCCAACAUUCUUUUGGAAGCUGAACAUCCGACAGAGCUUCCGCAGCUUCCAAUUGGCUGCAGGAGCUUCCUGCAGCCAAUCAGAAGCCACACUUUGGUUUUUGAACGUCGAACAGACUUCCAGAACGGAUUUCGUUUGACUUCCAAGAUACGACUCUAUUGUGGUGUUUAGCUGGUGAUAUACCAAGAUGUUGAAAACCAGCGAUCGCCCAACCCUAGUGAACACAUACAUAUUCUCAAAGCUUGAUUGGCAAUGAAGGAGAACCCCCGCCCCCGGACAAAUUGUGUGAUUAACCAUCUGGGUUAUUUCCUUGUUUCUUUCAGGCUGCGAUGGAGGAUUUCCUUACCUCAUUGCUGGCAAAUACGCUCAGGAUUUUGGUGUGGUUGAGGAGGACUGUUUCCCUUACACAGCCAGAGAUUCGCCCUGCACUUUUAAGAGCAAGUGCUACCACUACUAUGCCACCAACUACCACUACGUUGGCGGCUUUUACGGAGGGUGCAACGCAGCGCUGAUGGAACUUGAACUUCUUGCGCACGGGCCUAUGGCUGUUGCCUUUGAAGUGUAUAGUGACUUCCUGCAUUACGAAGGGGGGAUCUACCACCACACGGGCCUGAGGGAUCCUUUCAACCCUUUCGAGCUGACCAACCAUGCUGUCUUGCUCGUCGGCUACGGCAGUGACCCAGCCACCGGCGAGAAGUUCUGGAUAGUGAAGAACAGCUGGGGAGAGAGAUGGGGCGAGGGGGGUUAUUUCAGGAUCCGUAGAGGCACUGACGAAUGUGCGAUAGAGAGCAUCGCCGUGGCCGCCACGCCUAUCCCCAAAAUGUAG